CUGAUUUCUGGAGACCCCUGCUCCUGGCCGAGAGAACCGAAGUCCCGUUUCUCCUGGGAGACCUCAGCAUUCAGCACGUUGGGGCGCUUUAUUUCUUCUGCUAGAAGCGGGACCUUGGCAGGAGAUCAGGCGUCAGAUGCAGGGGGCUGGGGACUACUGUCUCCGGGUGGCGCGCAGGAAAGGUGGCGGCAAUCGAAAAGCCCUUCUCGGUGCCUCAUCACUUCCUACCUCAGCCUCUUCCUCCUCGGAGCGGCUCAUCAGACAACCCGCCCCCGCGGACUGCACCGGGUUUUCUACGGACCAGCCCGGGAGGCGGAGAGAUGCUGAUGGGAAGUUAAGUGUGAAAUUUGGGGUCCUCUUCCGAGAUGACAAAUGUGCCAACCUCUUUGAAGCAUUGGUAGGAACACUCAAAGCUGCAAAACGAAGGAAGAUUGUUACAUACCCAGGGGAGCUACUUUUGCAAGGUGUUCAUGAUGAUGUUGACAUUAUAUUGCUGCAAGAUUAAUGUGGUUUGCAUAUCAUUGUUCAUUGUUAUUUUCUGGUAAACUGGAAUAUUUUCAAGUCUGAGGAAAAACAUGAGCAUAGUUAAUGUAUUUUUAUAGAACUUUGUAAACAAAAGGAGACUCAUUUUAGAAGUCCAUCCUUUUCAUAUCUUGAAAGAAAAUUUAUGUAUUACACUGUAAAAUAAACAAAAAUGAUUAUUUUUCUCAGGAAUCUGGUUGAAAAAUGUAGGCAUUGAAGUUUUUGUGGUGGGCGUGUGAGAGUUUCAUAAAUCAUUCUUAGACAAUUUCCAUAGAUAAUUGAUAUUCUGUGAAAGCAAGAAGCAAACUAAAGACCAGCUCCCACAAGGAAUAUUUUAAUGUUUAUGUAAUAAAAACAUGUUACUAUCUUAAAA